UCAACAUCCAUUUAAGUCAAUUAGGGCUGUCUGCUUCUCUCACCUUUCAAGUCGCCUCACCGGACCGUGGCGUGACACGAUGAGGAGUCUGGCGCUGCUGAUAGGGGUGAAAGCUGCCUGCAUCCUGCUGGUGUCCUCGCUCUCAGGCACAGGGGCCGUCAACAACAGCGGCCGGUGGUGGGGUAUUGUCAAUGUGGCCUCCUCAUCCAACCUCCUAACCAAUUCCAAGAACGUGCAGUUGGUCCUGGACCCGAGCCUUGCCCUACUGAGUCGACGCCAGCGCCGGCUGAUUCGGCAGAAUCCUGGCAUCCUGCAUGCCAUCGCCGCUGGGCUGCACACUGCCAUAAAGGAGUGCAAGUGGCAGUUCCGCAACCGCCGCUGGAACUGCCCGACCACCCACAGCCCAGCAGUCUUUGGGAAAAUUGUCAAUCGUGGUUGCCGAGAGACAGCAUUUAUUUUUGCCAUUACCAGCGCAGGGGUGACCCACGCUGUGGCUCGCUCCUGCUCAGAAGGGGCCAUUGAGUCUUGCACAUGUGAUUACCGUCGCAGAGGUCCUGGAGGGCCAGACUGGCACUGGGGGGGCUGCAGUGACAAUGUAGACUUUGGCCGGAUGUUCAGCCGUGAGUUUGUGGACUCCAGCGAGAGGGGCAGAGAUCUUCGCUACCUCACCAACCUACACAAUAAUGAGGCAGGCAGAAUGACUGUGUCAUCAGAGAUGCGUCAGGAGUGUAAGUGCCAUGGCAUGUCAGGGUCCUGCACCGUGCGCACCUGUUGGAUGCGCCUGCCCAGCUUUCGCACAGUAGGAGACUUCCUCAAGGACCGGUUUGAUGGUGCAUCCAGAGUUGUUUAUGCCAACAAGGGAAGCAACCGUGCUUCUCACAGAGCCGACCCCCGCCAUCUGGAGCCUGAAAACUCGGCUCACAAACCACCCUCUGCCAUGGACCUGGUCUAUUUUGAGAAAUCACCAAACUUCUGCUCCUACAAUGGCAAAACUGGCACUUUGGGAACUUCUGGGAGAACAUGCAACAGCUCUUCUCCAGGCCUAGAUGGAUGUGAGCUGCUCUGCUGUGGACGUGGGUUAAAGACCCGGACCGAAAGUGUGACUGAACGUUGCCACUGCACUUUCCACUGGUGCUGUCAUGUCAGCUGCUUGAAUUGCACAAGUACACAAACGUUACACCAGUGUCUAUGAUCACAGGAGGACAUAGACAUAUGAAAGGCAAAGAAGAACUUCUUAGCAUGACAGGCAGUAGGCUGAGAAAACCACUGGCACGGAAGGGAUUUGAAAUGUUAGGUAGGAAAACUUCAAGGCGGGUAUACUGAUACAGGGAUCAAAAUAUCAAUCAAUGUUUUUGAAUAGAAUGAAAAGCACAAAUAUAUGAACAGGGUAAAGAGGGAGUACAUGUGCUUGCUCCUUGCCUUUGAUGCCUAAAAAUAUCAAGAGGGUUUUUAAACACCACAAACAUCUGUGCAGAAUGGAAAUCAUUCAUAUCCCUCAAGUGUUUACACUGUGGAAAAAUAGAUUUAGCAGUAAAAAGGGAGAAAAAUGUUUUGGUGGCGAAUCGA